CGCGGUGCAGCGUGCAGCGUCCGCAGUUUUAUGUUCGUUCGUGUGCUGCUCGCACAGCGAGCAGCGUGCCGCAGCGAUGUCGCUCGAUGCGGCGGCGACGGUACCAGCUAUGCCUUCGCGCGUGCGCGUGCAGCAAUAUCGCUCGGUGUGUGGAGUGCUGCAGUUGUGGAUUAAACGCGUAGCCGCAGGCGGCACUUACUGUGCUGAGCAGUAGCGCGACCAGUGCGCCACGCGACCGUCAAAUGCACCUCUGUUGGGGGCUCGCACGGCAAGUUUGUCGACGAAAAACCUAGGUGUCGACACACUAGUUUUCACCACGGCCGAGCGUGGCUGGUUGGAGGGGACAAACGAAGGCCUGAGAACGCUGAGGACUCGAACGUAUCCAGCCGUACCGCUUGCGCCAGUCCUGCAGCCCCAAAUCGGCCGAGCAGCGCUCCAGCUCUCUCAAGCUAGGUGCUCUCCCAAGGCGGAACGCGACGACGGCUCGACCACGAUGCUGCUGACUCGCAGAGCGGCAUGUGCGGCGCGACAGCACCAGCUCCUCGCGUCGCGAGCAGUCGCCCCGCCGCACGCCCGAUGGCGCGGCCUCGCGACGGCGCGGACCAGCAAAAGCGGCGCCACCCCAUCGCCAGCACGCAAGGCCAAUUGGGCCUCGGACGAGGUCCGCCGCCUCGCCGAGGGCGGCGACGUCGCGAAAGCGCUGGACCGCGCGAAGGCGAGUCGCGUGGACCGGCGCGCCUGGUUUACUGUAUUGAAGGCCCUGAACCGCCGGGCCACGACGCAUACUAUCAGAGGGAGCCGCAUCCCGCGCAUGGCGCGGCUCGCGUUAACGGAGAUGGCGCGGCAACGAAUGCAACCGGAAUCGCGCGACGUCACGGCGGCGAUCAACGCGUGUGUAGCAGCCGGUGCGCCAUCAGAUGGGCUCGACCUCUUCCGCCGGUUCGGUCAGGACGGAGACACGCGGCUGCGCAACGCCGCGCUGCGGGCGGCGAACGCGGCCGACGACUUCGACGAAGGUGCGAUUAUACUGGAAGGCAUGGACGCCUGGGACGACUGGACGUACGCCUACGCGGCGCAGCGCCUGGCCAGGAAGGGCGACGUCGACGCCGUGCGGCGCCUCGUCGAUACGGCGAAGGGUGAAGACGGCGCGGCGCGCGAGGUGCUGCGCAACGCUUUAGUAAGAGCCCACGCGAACUGCGGCGACGUCGACGGCGCCGUCGAGGCGGCCGCCACAUUGUUCCCCGGCGCGCUGCCGGCGCGGACGCGGUCCGUGCUCUCUUCGCUGCUGAGCGGCUCGUCGGCGGCCGGCGACGCCCAUCUUGGGGAAGAAGACGUCGAAACGGACGACGUCCUCGACGCCCGGCGCAUGACGGUGCCCGACGCGCGACGGGCCGUGCUGCUGGCGUUGCGGAGACGGGGCGAGGCGGCCUUCGCCGGCGCCGCGCUGGAGCCGCUCGUCGUGCGGUGCGGCGCGCCGCGCGUGCACUCGCCGCCGCGACGGUGGCGCCACAAACUCAAGGACCGCGGGGCGCUGCGCAGUGCGUGAAUCAAAUUGUCGCGGCGCGUCUGCCGAAUCAUGACCUCCACGCCAUCGACGCGACUCACUGAUGGAUUUAUUUGCACACAGGCACUGCGGCGCGGCGUGGAAGAUCUGCUCGGCGACCUCGGUCUGGCAUUUGUGGGGGGCGGCGUCGGCGUCGUGCGCGUCGAAGUAGAGGCGUUGGACGCGUACUUCGAGGCGCUCGCGCUGCGCCAGACGCGGGAUUCGCUGAUCCGCGCGUCGCUCGUGCGCCACGCGGCGCUGCCGGGCGGGGCGCUGCUGGCCAUGCUUGUGGCGCCCAAAUUGCUCCCUUUUGUUUGAUUGAUUAAUGUGUUAUUCUUCUA